AUGGUGGCGCGUAAAGCGCGGCUGGUGCCGCGCGGAAGGGUGGAAUCAAGGGACACCGUCGCCCGCGCGUGAUUAGUCCGACGUUCGCACGGGCUACGUCUCUCUAGUUGGCACGCAUUCCAACGGGGCGAAUACUCCGCGCUGGCUCUCAUUCGACUGCGUGUCUGCUUGCCCGAGGCUGGCUUUCGCAACGCGAACUCGUCCAGCCGAGUUAAAUCGCUCUGCGAACCGCGCGUCGACGUCGAACGCCAACGAGAACACCUCGAAAACCACCACGAAAAAAUACCACUGGCUCUCGUCCGUCCUCUUGAACAUUCUUCUAACCAGAUCUGCUGCUUCUCUGUUUCAGACGCGUGCGGACUGUCGGACGUGGCGCACAUCGAGUCGCUUCAGGAGAAGUCGCAGUGCGCCCUGGAGGAGUACUGCAGGACCCAGUACCCGAAUCAGCCGACGAGAUUCGGCAAGCUGCUGCUACGAUUGCCCUCGCUGAGAACGGUGUCGUCGCAGGUGAUCGAGCAGCUGUUCUUCGUCCGGCUGGUCGGGAAAACGCCGAUCGAGACGCUGAUCAGGGACAUGCUGCUCAGCGGUAGCAGCUUCAACUGGCCGUACAUGUCCACGAUGUGA